AUGCACCAACUACGUUUAUCUGGGUCGGAAAUUAAACAUGAUGAACGACCUAACCCCAGAGCUGGGCAGGAGAAGAGGGGAGCGUACAAGAACAUCGAGGAUGUAGCGAAGAAGAUCAAGAAAACCCAACUCCGUGUUCACCUCAUCAACACCACCGUACUUCCUGCUUUGGCCUAUGCUUCAGAAACCUGGACAUUUCAAAAAGUACCCCGCUUCAAGCAAGUGAGAUACGGGAUUCGAAGUUCUUUCCUGUGGCAGCGGUCGACUCUGCCACGUUUGCCAAGGAAAGUAAAACAAGGAAGACCGCCGACUCGAUGGUCAGAUUUCUUCACGGUGUCUUUCGAAGAGAAUUAUGAUGCUCUCCGCGUUCCACGCGAAAGGAGGAACCACUCAGCGACUUUGGCACGCGAUCGGGACAAACGGAAGAAUUACUGGCGCCCACUCGAGCGGUUCGAAGGUCAACGGGAGUCAAGGUAA